GCUUGCAGGGGCGUGGCAUAGCUAGUAAGGGUUUGUUUCUCAUCAGAUGUUGGUGCUAAGUAGAGAACUCAAGGUGAAAGUGUGUGAACGGCUUGGAACAGUAUCAUCACCGCUUCCCAGCACAAUGCAGCACCUCAGACACUUCAAACGUUUUGCCCUCGUUUCAUUUCCCAUUACUCCAAGGCAGCUGAAGAGCCCCAUCCCUGCAGUGUCGUCGUGGUCCGGAUUUCUCGCUCUGCAUUCAAGGAGCAGUAGCCAAGACCAGCACUACUCCAGAUUCAGAAGAUCGAGGUUCAGAUAUGCGAUAACUGGCCUGGUAGCUGGAACUGGAGCUGUACUAGCUUAUGGGCUCCAUCACAAUAAGGCUGAGCAAGCGACGAUUCCGGUGACUCAGACAACCUCUCUACCAGUUUAUAGUCGGGAAGAAGUUACUAAACAUUGCUCCACUGAAAACGGCAUAUGGGUCACUUACAAAGAUGGUGUCUAUGAUAUCACUGACUUUGUGUCCAUCCACCCUGGUGGCAACAAAAUCCUUCUUGCCGCUGGCAAAGCUUUAGAACCCUUUUGGGCACUUUAUGCUAUUCAUGAAGGAGAGCAUGUUCUGGAAAUUCUGUCUGAGUAUAAAGUUGGCGUUCUCCAAGCAGAGGAAAGCAAGAAAGAGGACAUUAAAUCUGCAGAUCCUUAUUCUGCUGAGCCACCUCGUCAUCCUGGUCUCAAAGUGAACAGUUUAAAACCCUUUAAUGCUGAAACACCAGCUGCCAUUUUGACCGAUAGUUACAUCACCCCUUCUGCCAUCUUUUUCAAGCGAAACCAUUUUCCUGUCCCCUGCGUAGAUCCUAAAACAUACGUUCUGAAAAUUGAGGGCCUUCCUGGAGGUACAGUGUCGCUGACUUUGGAUGAUCUUAAGUCUCAUUUUCCUAAACAUACAGUAAUGGCAACCCUCCAGUGUGCUGGGAAUCGUCGUUCUGAGAUGAACAAAGUAAAGCAGGUCAGAGGACUAAACUGGGGAAUUGCAGCAAUCAGUAAUGCUACAUGGUCAGGUGCCUAUUUAAGAGAUGUCCUUUAUCAUUAUGGCUUUGGUCCAGAGGUGGUAGCUAAAGCACGGCAUGUGCAGUUUGAAGGUUUAGAUCUGGAUGUAACUGGUACAGCAUAUGGAGCAUCAAUCCCAUUAAACAAGGCCAUCAGUGAAGAGGGAGAUGUCCUGUUGGCAUAUGAAAUGAAUGGAAAGGAUCUCCCAGCAGAUCAUGGUUUCCCCGUCCGUGUCAUUGUUCCUGGAAUUGUUGGAGCUCGAAACGUCAAAUGGCUCGGCAAAAUAAUCAUUAGCGAUGAGGAAAGCCAAAGUCACUGGCAGCAGAAUGACUACAAAGGCUUUUCACCAGGCACUGAUUGGGACACAGUGGACUUGAAAUCAGCUCCUGCCAUCCAGGAGCUUCCUGUUCAGUCAGCCAUCACAAAUCUGACAGAUGGGUGCUCAAUAGACAGAGACAUGGAGAACGUGACUGUUAAAGGUUACUCUUGGAGUGGUGGAGGAAGGGAGGUGGUGAGGGUGGAUGUCUCAUUGGAUGGAGGGAAGACAUGGCAUGUGGCUGAAUUUCAAAAUAGUGAGGAAGGAGAAACUUCUGCACCUUCUCCUCCACCUGGUAAAGCUUGGGCCUGGAAACUUUGGGAAAUAACAAUUCCAUUACCAGACGGAGCUCAGGAGCUGGAGGUUGUUUGCAAAGCAAUUGACAGUAGUUAUAAUACCCAACCAGAUUCGGUGGCACCUAUUUGGAAUUUGAGAGGUGUUCUUAGCAACGCAUGGCAUCGGGUCAGGGUGAAAGUAGAAUGAGGAUUUGGAUGAAAAUAAAAAGAAAAGAAGCGAAACUUUACUCAGGAAAAGUUCAUACUUUAUAUGGCUCCAAGUGUUUAGGUAUUCCACCAUGACAGCCAUGAGGUUUUGAGUUUACAACCAUUUCAAACCAUUUCCAACAUUAUAGUUGAAACAUUACAUAUUUUGUGUUUAUUACCUGCAGUGGGAAAUCCUAUUCACUUCUUUUUUUUUUUUCUUACUAUUUUUGCCGGUUAUUGUUCAUAUUUGUAUGUACAUUUAUAGCUUUGUACAUAACUAUAGUUCCCAUAGACAUUCCAUAAAUGAACUCACAAAGAGGUGGCAGGAUAUACUUGUCAUUUUAACAAGUAUUUCUUUCAGUGGAAACGGACUGGAUUUGCUUAGAAAUAAAAAUCUUUUAAAACUUAACUAUGAUGGGCCAGUGCUAGUGACCUGAGGGUUGUGAAUUCAUAUCCCAGCUCUGCCCAAUAGCUACUUCAGUGUGACUUAAAUCACCUAAUGUGUCUACUAAGUAAAGAAAAAACAGCUGGCUAUCUUUGCAGAACAGGGACAUAAACAUUGUUUAGCAUGUGUCUAAAGUGCCUGAUGUCAUUAAUUAUUUUAGUAAGUGCAAAGAACUCAUGUAUUUUGUUGAUAUGUUGUACAAUGUGUCAUACAGUGUUUUUUCUUUCUGUAGCAUUUAAUUUUGUUUGGAAAAGUAAUAUUUAGGAAGAAAAUAACUAAGACAAGAUACAUCAUUUAUUUAUUCUGAAUACUUAGCUCAUUAAUAAUUAACAGCUCUUCACUUUUCAAAUGUGUGCUUUUUGUUUUUAGAUUACAAUCUAUGUACUUCGGUCCAUUGAAAUAGAACAGAUGUCUGCAGAAGAAUGUGAUUUAUUUGUGAAAGCAGCAUUUUAUACAGCACAUUCAAAUUGCAUCAUUGCUGAAUUCUCUAAUCGAAUGGCCAGAUGCAUCACAGUAGUUCUGGCUGUGAAUUGAAUCACAAGUUUAUAUUAAUGCACUUGUUCUAUUACAUCAUUAUUUCUGUAGUGAUAACUCAUUUAUAUGGUAUUGUCUAUCUAAUAAAUAAAUGUUUUUAUUAAUGUUAUGUAAUUAUAUUUAUAUUAUAUAAGUCAUUAUAAUGCCUGUUCAUGAUAAUUGUUCAUAAUGUAAAUCAUGACUUUUUUCUUACAAAAAAAUUAAAAAUGUAACUUUAAACGGA